AUGUCUAAGAAUAUCUCUAUUUUAAUAGGUACAAGCAAAUUUUACAAGCCAAUUUUGUUUAUUCUAUUAUUGAAUACAUUGGUUAUUUCGAUAUAUUCCAGCUUGCGUCUGCGAGAUCUAUAUGCAAAGGAAAUUUAUCUCAAUGAUAUAAGCACAUUGCCUCAAGUAUCAUUUACAAACUCGGAGAUAAGUCAAAAAUUAAUGUCCCUACUAGCCAAAUUCAGAGCUCCAACUGUGACUCUGGAAAUAACAGUUCCUACCAACUAUUUUGAUACAGAUGAAAUCGUUCAAGACCCUCGUAUUAUAUUGUCUAUCACUUUGAAUUGGAUGUACCACCAAAUAAAAGUUGAUCAAAAAAAUAUAUCUUUUCCUUUCAAUUGGGCAGAUUGGGUGGAUUUGACUUAUUUGAAUCACCAAAUAUCGAAGCCAGAGAAUGAAAGGAUAAAAUGUUUAGACUUAAUUGAACACAUUCAUUUUAAUACUCCUGAUGAUAAAGCUAAAUCAAUUGCAGAUCCCAUGUUUUUUGGAUGUAAAAAUGCCCAUGAUUUAACAAAACGGGAAAUGAAAGCAUUAGGAUUGUCAGAUUUAGAUAAAAUGCCUGGCUUUUUCCAAUUUGAGCAUACGGCAUUUAAAUCUAGUGAAUUUAUUCGUUUAUUACAAGGAAAAACCUAUUUACUAUCAAAGAUGCCUAUCCCCUACCAAGUAAUAUUUCUCAAUGAUAAUGGAAACGAUUUGAUUUUCAAAGUAGAUUCAAAGAUGAAUGGUUCUGAAUUAAUGAAGAAAUAUAUCACAAACAACAACCUCGGAAAGCAAAAGGAUGUUACCCUUGAUACCAUUCAGGAAUUCAAGCAAAUACGGAGUUUGCUAGAUGUAGAUACUAACGAAAAGAUGUACAAUGCUAAGAAGAUUCUUCGAAUGAACAAAACCUGGUUUCAUUAUGGGCCAGAUGAUGUCAAAAAUGAAAUCACAAAAUUAAGUACAAGACCUAGCUUAACUCCAGUUGAACAAGGGUACUUAUACUCUUUGAUAACCUCGAAAGCUGCAAGUGAAACACCUAGACAAAGAGAGUUAACUUAUUUUCAACUUGCAACAUUAAUAACGGAUGACACUAACAAAGACGAUGGAUGGCAUUAUGAUUGGAGAUUCAUUAAUGGCAAGUGGAGGGACCGUUAUAGACAUGCACUUCUCUUAGAAAGACUCUUACGAAAUUGGUUCAAAUUCUGCCAGAAGAAUGGAAUUGUAAGUUGGAUAAAUUUCGGAUCUCUCUUGGGGUGGUAUAGAAAUGGGGCUAUAUACCCCUUUGAUCUUGAUAUGGACAUCCAAAUGCCAAUUCAUCAUAUGACUAUUCUUGGAAGGCAGUUUAAUCAAACUUUGGUGGUUGAAGAUUUACGGGAGGGUACAGGUAAAUAUUUGAUAGAUGUGGGGACAUAUAUCCACAAUAGGUACACAACGCGUGAUUACAACCACAUUGAUGCAAGAUUCAUAGAUGUUGACAGUGGCUUGUAUAUUGAUCUUACCGCAUUAUCAACUAGUAAGGAUGGCGAAACUGAACUUUACAACGAUAGACACAAUUGGGUUUACAAGUUUAGUGAUCUUUCUCCAUUACGGUUAUCGUUGUUUGAAGGAAUCCCUUUUCAUGUACCAAAACAGAUUGUCAAGAGAAUGAAAUUUCAAUAUCGAUGUGGAACCUUGAACAAUUUUGAGUUUAAACACUGGUACUAUGUCAAUCAAGUUGGAACGUGGAUUCACGAGAAAGAAUUACUUGCCGUAUUAGACGUUAAGAAUUACAUAGAAGAUGGGAAAGUGAAUAAACAUAAGGUUAAAAAGCAGGUUGAGAAUUUAACUGAUGAGCAGCUUUAUACCAUUAUAUCCAAUGAUCCAGCUACAUUGUCCAACUACCAGUUAGCUAGACGUAACUUUGCCUUCCAUACCAAAGAACACCAAUUCCUUUUCAAAAUUGACCCUAAAUUACACAAGAAUGCAAAUGACCCACCAGAAGGAAAAGUCUUGGAUGCAAGUCCAGAAGAAAAUCCCGAAUAUAUUAAACUUAUUGAAGACAAUGUAUGGCUAAGAGCUCCCCAUAGAGAAUCUAUUUGUCAGUUCGAUAAGGUGAAAGGAAAAUUGAUAGAAUAUAACCAACUUGCAUUUAGAGAGUUGGACCAAAUAACAGUUUCUCAAGAAAUUUAG